UUUAGCUCGCUGGCAAAGUCGGCAACCCUCGCCGCCAUCGUCGGUCCUCUCUUGGUCUCCGACUCGCUCGCUCAGCAACCCAGUUCGCCUCCGCCGGUACCACUCCUCUCUCUAGCCCCGCAACGACCUGGCUCCGCUUCUCUCGUUUUGUUGCAGCUCGCCGACUCCGAGUCGCUACUAAUCUUUGCCACCGCCGCACCUAGCUCUCCCAUUUGCCGGCGGAACCGAGUUGUGUUGGAUGGCGAUAAAUCCGAUAGACACCGGCGUAUUUGAUGAGGACGAUAUGCCGGAGGAUGAAGUGAAUGAUCUUGGUGAUGAAGCUUCUGAUUCUGAAUCACAGUCAGAAUCAGACGCAGAAGGAGAAGAUGUGAAGUUGCCCGAGGCUAAGGCAAACGCGAUAUACGAUAGAGACGGUAUUAUGGAUAAGCUCGGAGACAUGAGCUGGCCGCAGGAUGUGCCCUGGAUUCACAGGCUUUCCGUCGAUGUCGAUCGCGGGCAAGAGCAAGAGGUCGACGUGAAUGACGAUCUCGCCCGGGAGCUCUCUUUCUAUACGCAGGCGCUCGAGGGGACGAGGGAAGCCUAUGAAAAGCUCCACUCGAUGGGCCUGCCCUUUCUCAGGCCUUCGGACUAUUACGCCGAGAUGGUGAAGACCGAUUCUCACAUGGAGAAGGUGAAGGGCAGGCUUUUGGCUGAGAAGAGGAAGAUGGAGGAGGCAGACGAGAGAAAGAAGGCGAGGGAGGCUAAGAAGCUGGCGAAAGAGGUUCAAGCCCAGAAGCAGAAAGAGAGAGCUAAGCAGAAGAAAGGGGAGAUUGAGGCUGUGAAGAAGUGGAGGAAGCAGAGGCAACAGAGUGGAUUCUCGGGAGGGGAUAAGGACGGCGAUCUGCCUUUUGAUUUCGAAGAUGGGAAGACUUUUGAGAGGACGGGGAAGAAGAGGCCCGGUGUGGCUCCUGGAGAUCGAUCCGGAGGGAAAUCGAGGCAAGGUGGCGUCAAGGGAAGGAAGGGAAUGGACAAGAAGAUGAAGAAGAGGGAAACGCGAGACUCCAAAUUCGGGUUUGGGGGGAAGAAAGGCAUGAAGAAGCAGAACACUGCCAAGACUACCGAUGACUUGAGGGGCUUCAAACAAAGUGAUACCUCAGGAAAUAAGAAAAGGAAGAGGUGAUUGCGUUCUGGUAUCAUUCUGUUCUAGGGGGUCAAUACGGGAAGCAUAUGCAAGACAACUGUGGUAGGGGAAUGCUUUUUGAAAGCUCGGAGCAUAUGUUUUGUAGGGCGCUCGUACUUAAGCUGCUGAUGCAGUAUAAGAAGUUUGGUUUCACUUUCACUCACUUGAUUUGAUUAUGUAGAACAUAGCCUUCUCUAUGUGAGUUAGUACUGUUUUUACUCA